ACGUUUGUUUAAUUUUGGAUGGAAUUAUGGUAGUCCGUUGCCCAAAAGAUAACAUAAUUAGAAUUUAGUUACAAGAAAAAGAAACAGAAAAAAUGGCGACGGUGCUCUCCGUUCACGAUCGGCGAAUAUUGACGGCUGUGAACAGUGGAGCAUCGAGUCUUUCGUUCGUCGGAUCCGGCUUCAUCGUGCUCUGCUACUCCCUCUUCAAGGAACUUCGCAAAUUCUCCUUCAAGCUCGUUUUCUACCUUUCGCUCUCUGACAUGCUUUGCAGUUUCUUUAACAUGGUCGGAGAUCCGUCGAAAGGUUUCUUUUGUUAUGCUCAGGGCUACACCACGCAUUUCUUCUGUGUUGCUUCCUUCCUCUGGACAACAACUAUUGCAUUUACUCUUCAUCGUACUGUUGUUAGACACAAAACCGAUGUUGAAGAUUUGGAGGCAAUCUUUCACUUGUAUGUUUGGGGAACUUCGCUCGUUAUGACUGUCAUACGUUCUAUUGGCAAUGAUCACACACAUUUUGGUGCAUGGUGUUGGGGACAAACAAGUCGCACUGGAAAGGCAAUUCACUUUAUAACAUUUUACGUUCCACUAUGGGGUGCAAUUCUUUACAAUGGUUUUACAUACUUUCAAGUGAUACGCAUGCUGAACAAUGCCACUCGUAUGGCAGUUGGCAUGUCAGAUCGAGCAUACCCGUUUGAUUCAAGGACAGACACAAAGGCUCUGAACCGGUGGGGCUACUAUCCACUAAUCCUAAUUGGAUCAUGGGCAUUUGGCACAAUCAAUCGCAUCCACAAUUUUAUUGAGCCAGGCCACAAUCUCUUUUGGCUCUCAUUUCUUGAUGUUGGGACUGCUGGACUUAUGGGCCUUUUCAACUCAAUAGCUUAUGGCUUGAAUGCUUCAGUCAGGCGAGCAAUUUAUGAAAGACUGGAACUGUUUUGGCCAGAGAGGCUUCAAAGAUGGUUCCCUAACAGUUCAAGACAGAGAAACCAAUUGCAACAGGGUGAAUUGGUUGCCCUCAAAAUUCAGGACCAACAAUAGCCGGUGGCAUUUGGACAUUUUCCCAUACUGAAACUGAAACUCUGUUGCUAGCUUUUUCGAUUUUUGUUGAUAUUCUUUGUUGUUGGGAGACAAACUUUGAAAUGAAGAGACAAUUGAAGCUAGCAUCCAAGAGAAAUUUAUCAUCGGAUCGGAUCAUUUUCUUACCUUGACCUUUCACAAGACUGAUGCGUUGUGGAUAGGCUUAUUUCAUGCAGCAUCUGUAACUUUGAUGCAGACUACGGUCACAAAUGGGUGUCUAUCAUUUUUGGAGCAUUACAUUCUUUUUAGCUGGAAUAGUGUCCUGUCCUUGGUUGUUAUUGUUAGUUGAUUGGUUAGCAAAUGUGUGAAGUUGGUUCGACCUAUCAUUCUUGUAUGAUCCCGGAACUCUGUUGUCAUCAGAUUCUAGUAUAAGAUUGUUUGUAACUCUUGCUGUUUAUCCUGAACCCCGUCUUAACAUCAAAAUCUGCUGAUAUUUUGAGCUAUUGGCAAGUUAUACUAGGAUUCAGUGGAAGGAACUUUUAAGUUUUCACCACAUAGACCAUAAACAAACUAAGAAAAUCUCAAUC